AUGGAGUUGCCAGAAGGGUUCACCGACAAAAGUGACAUUUGCAUCGAUGAGAUUCCUUCUGGAUUUGAGAAGGAAGAUCCACAACAGGAUCAUUUCAGUCUGGUUCAAGGACGGACUUCGACAAGUCAUAAACCAGUUUUCUAUCAUGUUACAACAGACGAGGUCAACAGAAGAAUCAACGGAAUCGAAAAGCUGAAUAGCUCCAGCAUGGCGUGCAACCUGAAAAAGUCAAAAGUCAAAAACGGCGGAGAGAUUCUACGCAAGAAACUUGAAGAACGUGGUGUUGAAGUUAAUCUGAACAAAAGACAGAAUGUGACGCCCAACACCAUCAUUCCGUUGACAGAGGCCGAAGCUGUUCAUUUUGGGAAAGAUUUGGGCAAAUCUAUUGACGAAGCCUAUCCACGCGAUGAACUGGCUGAAGAGUUUGCCAGUGAGGCGCUAAGCAAUGAUAGUGCCCAAUUAGAAAGUUUAGUGGAACUGGAUGCGUUCAGGGAGUGCAUGGCGUCACUUAAGAACGUGUUUUCAUCAGUCGUCCCACCGUGCACCGGACUCCGCCCAAAGGCCUCGAACAAUGUCGACUUGAAUUUAGAUAUGGAGAGGUUCUCUCAAGCAACUCAUGGAAUGGGAAUCAUCACAAACCACUUGUGGCUUCAGGAAUUGACGACACUGGGAACCGAUAUGGCAAAAGAGAUCAAAGAAAAAGUGGAGAGCAAGAAGGAAAAUAAUGCGAAAUAA